UAUCACGCUUCCGGGUUUCACGGGCGGGAUUUUUAAAUUUUGUGCACGUCCACUUCCGGCGCAGUUCAACAAUGGCUGAAACGAAGGCUAGAUGUCAUUGCUCUGUUCCACUUUGUACAUCGAACAAACAACGCCAACCCUACUUAAGUUUCCAUGGAUUCCCGACUGAAUUGAGUCUAAGGAAGAAGUGGAUUAAAGCGGUUCGCCGGGAUGAAGGGCCAAACUUUAAAAUAAAACAAGGUAGCACGUUUGUUUGUAGCCGGUACUUUAGUGAAUCAGACUACACUAACGCUACAGGUGCUAUCAGGCUAGCGUUAGCUAACGAGGCUAACUUUACCAAUCGGGGUCGCAUCAAGCGUCUGAAAAUCGGGUCUGUGCCCUCCCGUUUUCAGUGGAACAACUGGGGACUGCCAAGAAGGGAGUCCGCUUAUAAAAGAGCAUCAACUCGCUUAGGUCAUGACGUUUGCCCUGCCCUUCCUCUGGAGCACCCCCUGCCAUGUGAGGAAGAGGCUAUGGAGGAGGUCGCAGCUUCGGUGGUGAUGAAAGAACAUGAUUACGGCUCUGCUCCUAAACCAGGUGCACUGGAUGCUGCUGCUGCACGCAUACAGCAAUUGGAAGACCAAGUCAAGGAGCUGACAACAGAGCUAUCACAGCUGAAAGUGGGUCGAGUGCAUUUUAACAGAUUUGGUGUAUCAGACAAGGACAUCCUUUUUUACACAAGAUUCACAUCAAGAGAUGUUUUUUGUGCCUUCUGGGAGGCUAUUCAACCAUCUGCCUCCAUGGUGGUUUAUUGGUCGAAAGCUCAGAAAAAGGGACAAACAGUUGCACCCAUUUCUCCCAGUCCAACGCGUAGACUGCAACUAGUUGAUGAGUUUUUUCUCUUCUGCUGCCGAGUUGCUGCAGGCCUGCAAGAGAAGGUGCUGGCUGACAUGUUUCAGGUCAGUGUGUCCACUGUCUCCCGUGUUGUUAUAACGUGGGCCAACUACCUUUACCUGCUCCUUGGCACCCUUCCCAUCUGGAUGAGUAAACAGCAAGUCAAGGACACCAUGCCAAGCAAAUUUGUGCAGUAUUGUCCAGAUGUUCGGGUUAUCAUCGACUGCACCGAGGUGCGAUGCCAGAAUCCAUCAUCCCUCACUCUCCAGUCAGAGGUUUUCUCAUCGUACAAAAACACGACAACCUUUAAGGGAUUAAUUGGGAUUGCCCCAUGUAGUGCUGUGACUUUCGUAUCAAGUCUCUUCACCGGCUCCAUCUCUGACGUUCAGUUGACUGAACGAAGUGGACUGCUCGACUUACUGGAGCCAGGAGAUGGCUGCAUGGCAGACAAGGGUUUCACCAUCACGAAGCUGCUAGCUGAUCGUGGGGCAACGCUGAUUAUACCACCCUUCAAGAUGACAGCGCAGUUCACCAAAGAGGAUGCUCUAAAAACUCAAGCAAUCGCCCGACUUCGAAUCCUCGUGGAGAGAGCAAUACGCAGAGUCAAGGAAUACCGCAUCUGGGAACACACUCUCCCUCUAACCUUGUCUGGGACAGUCAACCAGCUGUGGACUGUCUGUUGUGUGAUGACCAACUUCCAGGGACCACUUGAUUUAAAAGGCUACAUCCCUGUUGAGUAGUGUUUCCCCC